CGACUGCGGAGACUGCCCAUUAUGCCUUUCAAUUGUUCUUCAUUAUUGAAAACUCAUUCUUUAGUUCAUCUUCAAUAAACUACGGCGAUCCCUCCUUUCCCUUUGCCUAUAUAAACCCCUUUAGCCCUCUCUUUCUCCUCCCCCACUCGCUCCAUUCUUCAUUUCUCUGUAACAAGCUUCUUCUUGUUCCCUCAUUGUUCUAUUGUUCUUGCUCUUUCAAUCUCAGUUGGAUUUCUAAUCAGGAUGGUAUUCGAGGACCGGUUCAGGCAGGCUCAGAGACCUAAAUAUGACUGUCUUCUAUUUGAUUUAGAUGACACUCUAUAUCCCUUGAGUUCUGGCAUUGCAGCUUCAUGCCUUCAGAAUAUCAAAGAUUACAUGGUCGAAAAACUGGGCAUAGAGCAGAGCAAACUCCCUGACCUUUGCAAUUUACUGUACAAAAACUAUGGAACGACCAUGGCAGGUCUCAGGGCAAUUGGCUAUGAUUUUGAUUAUGAUGAGUACCACAACUUUGUUCAUGGAAGGCUUCCUUAUGAUAACAUAAAGCCUGAUCCUGUUCUAAGGAGUCUUUUGUUGAGCCUUCCUUAUAAGAAAGUUAUCUUUACAAAUGCUGACAAGAUCCAUGCAGUUAAAGUUCUUAAAAAGCUUGGUUUAGAAGACUGUUUUCAAUGGAUUAUCUGCUUUGAAACCCUGAAUUCAACCAAUAAGAACUUUGCUUCAGUUGAUAAAGAUGAACCUGAGUGUUUCGGCUCCGAAAUCUUUGACAUCGUUGGUCAUUUUCGUCAACUCAAUCCUGGGGUGGAAUUACCAAAAACUCCCAUCAUUUGUAAACCAUCAGAAGCUGCCAUUGCAAGAGCUCUCAAUAUUGCAGGCCUCAAUCCUCAGAGAACUCUGUUCUUUGAAGACAGUGUUCGAAAUAUACAAGCUGGGAAGCGCGUCGGGCUCGACACCGUCUUGAUUGGCACUUCACAGAGAGUUAAAGGAGCAGAUUAUGCCUUGGAAAGCAUCCACAAUCUUAGGGAAGGAAUACCUGAGCUUUGGAAUGUUGAUAUCAAAUCAAACAAGGGUUAUGCUGGCAAGGUUGCAGUUGAAACUUCGGUGACAGCUUAGAACUAUAACAGCCAUGUUAUGUUCUUCAACCCUUCCCCAGAAGAGAAUGAAAUAAAAACAAAAUAAAAAAAAAGGGGAAAUCUUUGAGUUCCAGUUUUACUAGGCAGAUGUGUUGUAACUAAUCAUUUUGAUUAUGAGAGUAAUGUUCAUAUGUGUAAUCUUUGUCUUUCU